AUGCUUGGGCUCACGGGCAAGUCCGUCACGCAACGAGCCAUCGAGGGCCACGUGGCGCAGCGCGACCGAGCCCUGCGCCAUGCCCUGCCUCACGAGGCGUCGCACGUAGCCAUAGCUGUGCAGAGCAGCAAGAGCCCCUACCACGGCCUGGACGUGGGUCUGGGACCCAAGGACCUUGAGAUCCUGUCGAGCGACAUUGCCGGCAUCACCUCGGGCAUUCAGGAGCGCCGCUGGACGUCGGCCGAGGUGCUGUGUGCCUACGUGCGAGCGACGCGCCGAGCGCAGAUCCGCACCAACUGCCUGACCGAGGUCUUUAUCGACGAUGCGCUCAGUCGUGCAGCUGAGCUCGAUGCGCACUUUGACCGUACGGGAUCGCUGGUCGGACCGCUGCACGGAGUGCCGCUGUCGAUCAAGGACAUGUUCCACGUCAAGGGUCAGAAGACGACCAUCGGCUUUUCCGGAUGGAUUGCCAAGCCGGCUGAGCCCGUAUCAGCCACCGUCGUGUCGAUCUGCGAGCAUCUCGGUGCGCUGACCUACGUCAAGACCAACAUCCCGCAGACCUUCAUGACGUUCGAAAGCACCAACCCAGUGUUCGGGCGCACCUUGAAUCCGUACAGCGCCAACCACACGUCGGGCGGAAGCUCGGGAGGCGAAGGAGCGAUCAUUGCGUGCGAUGGGUCUGCCGCCGGCCUCGGCACGGACAUCGCAGGCAGUCUGCGCAUCCCGUCGCACCACUCGGGCAUCUACACGAUCAAGCCGAGUCCCGGAAGAUGGUCGUACAACGGCAUGUGCGACUUUGGCAAAGGAUUCGAGUCGAUCAAGGCGGUUGCAGGUCCGAUGUGCCGAAGCGCUGCCGACGUCGAGACGCUCUUCAUCGAAGUGGCCAGACAGCACGUCCCGACGUGGCUGCGAGCGCCGAGAGACAAGGACGACCCUGCGGUGCUUCAGGAGGCUGUGGAGCACGACGAGGCGAUGGCCAAGUUCAAGCUGUCCGACUCUUCGACCGUGGUGAUCAACGAGGCAUGGCUCAACCCACUGGGCAUGUCGGAAGCCAGAGGCACGCCUUUGAGGAUCGGCUACGUGCUAGGUGACGGCAUCUACCGCACCACGCCGGCGGUCUAUCGGGCGGUUCUCGAGUGCGUGGCCGCGCUCAAGGCUAAACACUCGGACAAACGAGUGGAGUUGAUUGAGAUCGAGCCCCGGCAGCUCCAGACGCUCGAGGUGAUGCGGCUCUUCCUGCGCAUGCUCACGGCCGACGGAUACCGCAACCUCGAGAGCUACUUGGGCAAGGACAAGCUGAUUUCGCAGGUGCAGCUGCCGGUGCGACUCAGCCGAAUCCCGCGCUGGCUGCGCGGCGUCAUCGUGUUCUUCGUGCGCUACAUCAUUCGCGACCCCAUCUACGCCGAGCUGGCCGGGUCGAUGAUGCGCAUGAGCGCGGCCGAGCAUGCCGACGUGCUCGAGCGCCGCGAGCGCUUUGUCGACCGCUGGAACCACGUGAUGUGGGAUGAUCUGGCGCUUGACGCGCUCAUUGCACCCACUCAAGCCUGUCCCGCCGUCCCACACGGAGGUGCCGACCACAACUCGGCCAUGGCGGGCUCUACGGUGCUGUACAACAUCACCAAUGCUCCGUCUGCCGUGCUGCCCGUGCUGCGCGUAGACCCAAAGCUGGAUUCGCACCGCGAGAGCGAUUUUGAACACGCGUCGGCCGAGCAGCGCAAGGCAUACAACAUGUGGGCGGGCGACAGGCGGUGGAAGGAUACGAGCCGAGUGGCCAACUUCCUGCUGUACAAGACGGCGUACGAUGCCACCAAGAUGGCGGGGCUGCCGGUGGGUGUGCAGGUGGUCACGCGUCCGUAUCACGAUGAGAAGGCGAUCGGUAUCAUGCGCCUGCUCGACGAUGCUCUGCCCCCACCUGCGCAGCGUGGCACACCGUGGACCAACCGAAUCGACCCGCAGGGCAACUCAAUUGUAUCUUCAAAGGCGAACGUCGGCUUUGGGCCUGGCAGUCUCACACGUGCGCUCUUCGUCUAG